AUGGUCGACUCAGAGGUAGCUCAGGCUGGGAGCUUGGGCAACCCAGUUCUGCUCAAUAAGAUCGAUGAGCUGCGACGUUUGAAUAUAUCUUCCAUGGUGCCGCUGCCUCAACUCGUGGUGGUCGGCGAUCAAUCUGCCGGCAAGUCCAGCGUCCUUGAGAGCCUAACUGGCUUUCCUUUCCCUCGUGCUGUCAACCUCUGCACACGCUAUGCGACAGAGAUCAUAUGCCGCCGAGAGGAAACGCAGAGCAUUACAGCAUCGAUCAGACCUUCCGCCACCGCUUCGGCAGAUGUGGUCGCCAAGCUACAGGGCUUCAGGGUGGAGCUCCCCACCCACGACCGCAAUAGCAAGAAGUUCCAGGAAGUUUUCGAACAGGCUUCUAUCACAAUGGGCCUUCGCUCAGGAACUGACCCCACAAGCUUCGCUCCGGCAUUUAGUAAAGACGUUCUACGAAUCGAAAUUACCGGUCCUAAGGAGGAACACCUAACGAUCAUAGAUGUACCUGGUAUAUUCGAGGUUGCGACACCAGGCCUCACGGAUAAAAAUGACAUCUCACUGGUGAAGUCGAUGGUCAUGAAUUACAUCGAAGAAUCUCGGACCGUCAUCCUUGCCGUAGUACCCUGCACCGCUGAUAUUGCGACGCAGCAAAUUUUGAAACGGGCUGAAGAAGUCGAUCGCGAGGGGAAGCGUACCAUUGGCGUCCUCACCAAGCCGGACCUCUUGACCGAAAAGGCAACAAAGGAUUCGAUCGCCGAACUAGUGAAGGGAAACAGAAGAGACCUCACGUUGGGAUACUUCGUCAUCCGGAAUCGUGGAGCAGAUGACGCUACUUCGAACCUGGAUCAACGGAAUGAAACCGAGCGUGCGUUCUUCGAUGGGUCUCCAUGGAACGAGUUGGACAGAGGCCGGCUUGGAAUUGAUUCGCUCCGUCUUCGACUGCGGGAGUUGCUCAUGGAGCGUACUAAACAUGAUUUCCCUAUUGUCAAGAGGGAGAUUGAAACUCAACUGAGAGACAAACAGGAACGUUUGGUGCUGAUGGGAACAGCUCGAAUAAGUCCCGAACAGCAACGUGUAUACCUUGUCCAUGUUGCCUCUCAAUUCUCGGAGAUGGGAAGAUAUGCCCUAGAUGCAUAUUAUACAGGACAUCCAGUCUUUGACCAACACCAUGAGUUACGCUUAAUUACCCGCAUUCGGGAGAUUAGCGAGGAAUUCGCCAAAGUGUUAUACGAGAAAGGGCAUCAACGAGAAUUUCAAAAAGACAGUGGCGAUGGUAUAUGGUCGUCGGACGGGUUUGGGAAGGGCGGAGAUGUCCCUGCAUCCGCGUCCCGACAGGAUCUCUACAAGAUAUCUUUCAAUAUACCCGACGAGACAGAUUUCCCAGAGCUUCAAGAAUUGCUCGCCGAGCCGUUUUCGUGUCAACCUCCGGUCAAGGGGAACAUCGAGAAGUAUAUUCGAGAGAUAUACCUGCACGCUCGAGGCCAGGAACUUGGCACUUUCGGUAAUUUCAUGUUACCUGCGACAUUCAGAGAGCAGUCGCGGAAAUGGAAGGGCCUCGCAUUGGCGCAUGUCUCCAACGCUAUAUUAAUCAUCCACCAUUUCAUCGUUAAGAUCAUGGAAGCGGCUUGCCCAGAUGAACAAGUAAGGUACGGGCUAUGGACCGUCCUCACAGAUGAUCUCCUCGCUUGUUAUCGCCGCGCAAUCGAACAUACUGAGUUCCUUCUCCGGGUUGAGUGUGAAGGAAAGGCUGUUACCUGCAACCCGGAAUUCCCAGAACUGCUCGACAAGAAUCGGCAGAAGCGCGAGGCGGCAGAGAAAGAAACGAGUUGGCAGCAGCCCAAAGCACGAUCAAAGAAGAGUGAUGCCGACGCUUCGGUUUCUCAGGGAAAUAAUGUAAUAGAUCAGAUCUGCGGUGAUGUCCAUAUUGUGCUCAGGACCUAUUACGAGAUAGCUCGAUCGCGCUUCGUUGAUGAGAUUUACCAGCAGGUUGUAGACCACUUCCUACUGAACGGUAAUCAAAGCGCUCUUAGGACCCUAACCCCCGAACGGGUCCUGUCAAUGACAAUUGAACAGCUGAACAGCAUCGCGGCGGAAGACCCCGCAAGUCAGCGGGCUCGGGCGAAAUUGGAGCGAGAGAUUGCAAGCUUGGAGAAGGCCAAGGUCGUGUUACGUGGUUAG